AUGUCCCUCUUCGACGGCGUCCUCUUUGCGGCAGCACCGCCACAAGAUGCCAUCCCCAACAGGAACGCGCCUUACGAGGCCUCUGGGCUGCUCGGAGUCAUUGGUGUCUUCCUACCCAUCACAAGUGUUGUCAUCGGCAUCCGUAUCUACAGCAGAGUAGUACUCUCUGGCAAAUUCGCUCUUGAUGACUACCUGAUGGCAGUGGCUUUCUUGCUAGGACUGAUCAUGAUCGGCUUUAUCCUGGACAUGCUGAAUUGGGGGCUGGGAAAGCACAUGUGGGAUGUCCCGCUACAACCAGACUUGAUGCCCAACUGGAGCUUCGACAACCUCAUCGCAGCCAUAAUGUUCUGCGCCGCCACCGGCUUCGCCAAGGGGUCUAUCCUGCUCUUCUACCUGCGCAUAUUUCCGACACGCCGCAUGCGCUGGGCCGUCUGGCUGGCCUUUGCCUUCGUCAUGGGCUUCUCCGCGGCCUCCGUGUUUGUCAACAUCUUCAGCUGCAACCCCGUCUCUGGCUCGUGGGACCUCGUUGCAUCCGCAAAGGCAGUGUGCAUCGACAGGCCGUUGUUCUAUUUCGCGCAGGCCGGGCUGGGAAUAUUUGCGGAUAUCUUGACUCUGGUGUUGCCGUUGCCAAUGCUCAGCACCUUGCAGCUCCCGUUCAAGCAGAAGGUCGGGGUGGCGGUAGUGCUCACCAUGGGCGGGUUCGUGUGCGUGGUCAGCAUUGUCCGGCUGCAGACCCUGAAUGUGUUGAUGACGGAUACAGACCUGACGAGUAACAUCAUCGGCGGCUCCAUCCCGGCCCUGAAGCCCUUUGUCAGGCGCUUCUUCCCCCGCAUCCUA